GUUCUCAGUCUGCGCACAUUCCACUUGGCCAGCAUCUCUCGGACUCCACGGACACAGCGCUGAUUGAAGCAGCGGCGGGGAGGCGGGAGGAGGAGCGCAUCAUCCAGACACCACACUGUCCCCUCGGCCGGAUGCGAAGAGGGAGAGCCAGUGAAGACACUUACACGAAAUAAAGCCACAAGCCAAAAAGAAAAGAAAAAAAGAGGGGAAAGAAUAAAAAAAGGAUGAGAGGUUAGGAUUUUUUUUCUUUUCUCUCAGACACACUUGCUUGAGUUUUUCAAAAGGGGUGAAGUGUAUUUUUUUCACCCCCACCUCCACGUUUGUGAGAAGGGACUCAGAGGAAUCGAGCACCGUUGAGGUUCCGCUCUCUGCGCUUCACAUUUAUUUAUAAAACUAAAACUAAACAUAAAAAAAAAAGUUUUAAAGGAAAUUCUUCCCAAGGUCUUGGAACUCCAUAUCACAUCUACUCCCAGGGAUUUUUUUCUUCUCUUUUUUUAACGCUGACAGGAAGAGGAUAAAGUUUUCAACUGGUGUUUGUGUGGAUGCGCCCGGAGCGGAGGAAUUCUCGUGGCUGAGCGGAGAGCGAGCGCAGCGCCUUCAGAGACCAGGUUAUGAGGGAACUGAGCUGAACAUGGAGUUUUUCUGGAUUUUCUUUUUUUCCAGUGUCCAUCAACUUGCCUGCGGCCAAGGAGUUUACGCUCCAGCCAAUGCCCAGAUUGUGCACUCCGGUGCGGCGUGUAACGUCAAGGACGAUAACAUAAGCGAGAGAAUUUACACCAUCAGAGAAGGGGACACACUAGUGCUUCGGUGCAUUGUUAAAGGACACCCACGACCACAGGUGCGGUGGACAAAGACAGCGGGCAGUGCUUCAGACAAGUUCCAGGAAACAUCCAUCUACAAUGAGACAUUGCGCAUCGAGGGCAUCCAGAGAGUGCAGGGGGGCCGCUACUACUGCAAGGCUGACAACGGGGUGGGGGUGGCUGCCAUCAAGUCCAUCCGCGUAGAUGUGCAGUACCUUGAUGUUCCAUUCCUCACUGUGCAUCAGACCACUGGCGACAUACGUGUUGGUUUCUAUCAUGAGAAGACUGUGUUCCUUCGCUGCACGGUCAAUUCCAACCCUCCUGCUCGAUUCAUCUGGAAACGUGGCACCAGGAUCAUAGAACAGAGCAAAGACAAUGGAGUGGACAUCUACGAGCCUCUUUACACUCAGGGUGAAACUAAGGUGCUGAAACUAAAAAACCUGAGACCCAAGGACUUCGCUGAUUACACAUGUCAGGUGUCUGUCCGUAACGUGUGUAACAUUGAGGACAAGUGGGUCAAAUUUAUGCUCACAAAUGCUACAUCUCCCCCAAUGAUCCGGCUGUCAGUCAAUGACACAGUGGUGGUGGAUCCGGGACAGGAUGUGCUCAUCACCUGUGAGGUGACCGCAGGUUACCCCUCGCCCAAUGUGAAGUGGACCCGUUAUCCCGGACCGCUUCCUCUCAGCGCCCAAGUCAAGGGAGGCACAUUGAUCCUGCGUGCCGUCACACCGGCAGACGGAGGAUUCUACAACUGCACGGCCGUCAACAAUGUGGGCAAUCCUGCUCGCAAAAACGUCAAUCUUGUUGUCAGGACCAUGAGCAACCUGACCUUCCAAAUUACACCUGACUCUAACAAGGACAGUGAGACCAUCCAGAUGGGACGUGACCUCAAGUUGUCGUGUCACGUUGAUGCUAUCCCGCAAGACAAAGUCAACUACACUUGGUACAAGAAUGGUGCAACAGUCUUCAGCUCGGACAACCUGAUGUUACUGCGCAGUGACCCAGACAUGGCGCCCGGGACCAGCAGCUUAGAGAUCAUGGAUAUGAAGUUCAGGGACCUGGCCACCUACAGCUGUGUGGUAAACUUCCCAGGCAGCAGGGUGCCAGAGAUGCGAGUGGAUUUCAACAUCUCUCAGAACAAUAUUUCUCCUCCAGUGUUGUCAGUCCCAUCAGGAGGUCAGAUCGUAAGUGUUCGUGAGGGAGGGAACGCCGAACUGGUGUGCUUGGUGGUUGAUGGCAAACCUCGUCCUCCAGUUCUGUGGUCACGGACAGAGAAGGACCUGCUGAUGCCCUCUGGGACGCCUGUAGUGGAGACACCUGACGGCCGCUUGAGGCUAAGAAAUGUUAGCAGGGACAUGAUGGGGUUGUAUCGCUGUCAGACAGCUCCGUACAACGGCCUUAACAUCAAACGCAGAGAGGCACAAGUUCAACUAAACGUUCAAUACCCUCCGAUUCUGGACCCAGUCUUUCAGGAUGUUCGUUCCAGAAACUUUCAGAUUGUGACCCUGAGAUGUACAGUGGUACGGUCCAAUCCCUCCCGUCUAACAGAAAUCCGCUGGUUACGAAAAGGUGAAUUUAUCCGAAUGUCUACGCCAGACCCGAAGGAGACGCCAGAGCUGAAGUUCAAACUGGAACCCAUCAACAAUGGCACCUAUGAGUGCCGAGUCAGCAAUAGCGCAGGAACAUCAACAUGCACUUUUAAUGUUUCAGCAAAACCCUACAAUUCUGAGUUUUAUUUUGAUACACCCAACCCUGUGCGCAUCUUGACAAGCAACAGCUACUCCUAUAACCUGCAGUGGACACAGAAGGAUCCUCAGGCUACAGACCGUAUUAUAGGCUACUGGCUUAAUGUCCGGAAGGACAAGCAAAAUGUGAUGUCAACGCAAAUAGACCUGAAGGGGAAGGAGCCAGAAAGUGGGGUGCUUAUGUCCCACACAAUAUCAGAUCUGAGAAUCCCUAUGUCCUAUGAGGUCCGACUGGCCCCCAUCACCACCUACAGCAUUGGGGACUACAUAAGCCGAAUCAUCGUUUACUCUGAACCUUACACUUACCCAAGAUCCUCAGACCACGUGUGUGGGUUCGAGGAUGAACGGGUUUGUGGCUUCUCUCAAGACCGGAGUGAUGUCUUUGACUGGACGAGGCAGAAUAACCUGAUGCAUAAUCCCAAGCGAUCUGCCAAUACCGGCCCUGAGACUGACCGCAGUGGAACAUUUGAGGGGUAUUACAUGUACAUUGAAGCAUCACGACCGCGAGCUCAAGGGGACAAAGCCCGUCUUCUGUCUCCACUUUUUAAUGUGUCUUCAGUCAAGGGCCCCAAGGGCUCCGGCCGAAUGCCAUACUGCGUUUCCUUCUACUAUCACAUGAAGGGCAAACAUAUUGGUACGCUCAAUGUACUUCUAAGAGUGAGAAGCAUUGCUCCUGUGGACUCGGUGGUGUGGACAAAGUCAGGUCAUCAGGGCCCUGUUUGGAGGAAAGCUUCAGUUGACAUCAGUCCCAGUGGACCCUUCCAGAUUGUGUUCGAAGGAAUUCGUGGCCCAGGUUUUGAAGGGGACAUCGCCAUCGAUGACGUAUCUAUCACCAUAGGAAAAUGCAAACAAGAAAACACUGUAGCCAACGCAGGUAAGACAGUUCUCAUUGGAGGAUCACGUUCACUCCCAAUGGCCAGGUGGCUGACCUUUAGCCUCUCCUGCUUCCUCUCACUCCUCUGCAGAUGAUGAGCACCUCCCGCAGCAGCAGCACCAGUCUGUCCUGACAGACACUGCCCUAACUCGCGCUUUUUUUAAUCCUCUCUCUACCCCACCCCCUCCCUGCCCUCCUCUGCAUGCCUGUCUACUCACCUGUCUGUCCCCUUUGUUUACUGUCACCCUGUAUCCCCUUCGUUUCAUGCUUCUAGCUCAACUACCAAAAAGCCUUUGUCUACUUUUCUCCCUCACUUUCUCUAAAUAUGUUAACGUUCACACAUAUAGCAACUGAUUUCCAUGCUGUCUUUAAGGUUACUACAAUGAAACUUGGCAUUUUCUCCUACGUCACUCUAUUCAAAUCACCUUUAUGUCAGUGUCACAAUGUCAUGUUUCCCUCUACUCUUCUUCUACCUUAUUUGUCCAUGUGAGCCCCCUUUGUGUACCUCCACACCCUGCAACCACUUUUUCUAAUGGCCCCCUUGACCUAAUCCUCCGGACACACCAAAGUGUCGGACACUCUACCAAAGAUCACAAAGAAUCUGAGGGAAUAAAAUGAGGGAACAUGGACACCCGAAAGAAACAGAAAGCAAGAGAGAGUGUUAAAAGUAACAAAAAAAACCCUCUUUGUCAUAAAGACUGACCCCAUCCUUUGGGGGUGUCGGGAUCUACAGGAUGACAAAUAGGGAUGAAGAACCCGAUGGCUGAAUGAAACAAACUAAACGGUUGUGAAAAGGACACUUUUGAAGACACUUAUGAAAGUCGGGCGCCUCUUGUAGCCUCUCUGCUUGCCACAAAAGACAAACCUCAGCGCGGAUUAUACGUGUACAUUUAUCUCUCUCUAUAAAUAUAUAUUAUACAUAUAUAUAUAUAAAAUAUAACUAAGUUUAAACUAAAACACCACGAGGACAGUGAAUGACUUUACUAAGUGAAAUUAAAGAAGCACAAUGUUUUUACAACCUCUGUUGUACCUUUGGGUUUAUUCUACUUCUUAUGUGAUGUUGCGAUUUGUCAGACCUAUUCAGUGUUUUUGGAUAUUUUAAGUUUACUUUAUUUUAUUACGUUUAGAUUUUUUUUGUUAUGGCAUCCUAAGGGUCAAGGACAAAGAGUAAUAAAGUAUUAUUAUAUUCAUAUCUAUAAGAAGUAGAGGAUGAUUUAUGAUCCAGAGCCUGAUUUGAACACCUGGAGGAAAGAAACAGAUGACCCAAGCCAUCUGGACAGAAACCUUUACCUUUCUUUACUCAUAGAGGACUAAACACACACACACACACACACACACACACACACACACACAC